AUGUGGAGUAGCCAAAACAUCGCAUGGGGUCUCGCGGUGCUGUCACUUUUGGAGAUGGCUGUCGGCGUCUCCAGCAUCACGGUGGGAAUGUUGGAGAGCAGGAGAAUCCGCGCGAUGCAUAAAAGCCAUCACCAUGGAGAGGGAUCGCCGGUAUGGAGCGGAGUGGCCUUCCUCGUCUGUGGACUAUGUGGAAUCCUUUGUGCCAGAAGGAGAACAGGGUUGAUGAUGAUCCUGUUCUGCGCCUGUUGCAUUGCUGGCCUGAUAGGUGGCAUUCUCAAUGUGCAGUUUGUGCGCACGGCGGCGAGGCGUGCCGACUACACGUCCGGUCUGCAGCUGGCGUCCCUGUCACUGGCGUCCCUGGGCACGUGUGGCUGCAUCCUCUGUUCCUGGCUCACCUGUCGUCUGGCCAGUGCCGAGCAGCAGCGCAUGUUCAUAGAGCAGGGCUGUCAACCAUAA